AUACAUAUCUUGAAAAUUGUUUCUUGACCAAUAAGCUGGUCUUGAGCCACUCCCUGCACUCCAUAUAAGAGUUUGAGGGCACGUCUGUCAUCCCACCACUCCGACCCCUCAACUCUCUGUCCUCUCCAACUCUGACUUCUGUGUUGUCCAGAGAUGCUGAACACGAAGAAAACCGUGAGGUCUUUCAGCAGUCACUCCUCAGCGGGUGUGAGGAGCAACAGGCGGACCCCCCUCACCCGUUCAGGGAUGGUUUCGAGGGAAGGUUGGGGCUCCAGUCCUGUUCUCUGCCCUCCAAUUACAGCUGUAAAGGUCAAUGAAAGUCUUCUGGCACCUCUGAACCUGGAGAUUGACCCAAACAUCCAGGCCAUUAGGACUGACGAGAAAGAGCAAAUCAAGACGCUCAACAACCGCUUUGCUUCAUUUAUUGACAAAGUGCGCUUCCUGGAACAGCAGAACAAGAUGCUGGAGACUAAGUGGAGUCUCCUACAGGAACAGACCAGCCGCCAAUCCAGCAUUGAUAUUAUGUUUGAGAGCUACAUUACUAACCUGCGCAGACAGCUGGAUGGUCUGGGUAAUGAGAAGCUGCGUCUGGAGUCUGGGCUGCAGGACAUGACCAGCCUGGUAGAAGGCUUCAAGAUCAAGUAUGAAGAUGAAAUUAACAAACGGAAUGAUUCUGACAAUGAAUUUGUGCUGCUUAAAAAGGAUGCUGAUGGUGCAUACCUGAAUAAAGUGGAGCUGGAAAGCAAAUUGGAUUGCCUAACAAAUCAGAUCAACUUCCUUUGGCAGAUUUACGAGGCGGAAUUGCGUGAGCUCCAGUCUCAGAUCAAGGACACGUCAGUUGUUGUAGAGAUGGACAACAGCAGAAACCUGGACAUGGACUCCAUUGUGGCUGAAGUUCGUGCUCAGUAUGAGGACAUUGCCAGUCGCACUCGUGCUGAAGCAGAGAGCUGGUAUCAACAGAAGUAUGGAGAAAUGCAGUUGACGGCAACCAAACAUGGGGAUGACCUGAAAAGCACAAAGGCUGAAAUCGCAGAGUACAACCGAAUAAUUGCACGUAUACACUCUGAGAUGGAACUUAUAAAGGGACAGCAUUCAAACUAUGAGGUGCAGAUCAAAGAGGCAGAAGAACGUGGUGAACUAGUUGUGAAAGAUGCAAAACUCCGUCUGCAGGAGCUGGAAGCAGCUCUUCUGAGAGCUAAACAGGAUAUGGCUCGACAGGUGCGCGAAUACCAAUCAUUGAUGAACAUCAAACUGGCUCUGGACAUUGAGAUCGCCACCUAUCGGAAACUCCUGGAAGGAGAAGAGAGCAGAAUGUAUAGUUCAUUCCAGACUUUCUCCAUCUCUAAACCAAACUCUUUGAACUACGACUUUGAAAGCAGCCACUUCUCAUCCCAAAGUGCUGGGAAAGAUGUUCAUAACACAGGCCUGGUUAAGAAGGAAGUCACGAUUGCUAAGGGUGACAGCGCUAGCAGCUUCAUCGGCAGCACUGCCACUGUUACCAAAAGCACAAAGACCACCAUCAUCACCAGUGAGAACAAACUUGCAGCUAUAGAGGGAAGUAUGAUGGAUAAGUCUGCAGGCAAACUAGAGGAGGAUGUUUUUGAAUGAUGGAAGAACAGAUGAAAGGAUUGUCUUGUGUACAGGGCCCAGGAUCAGAUUUUUAUAGGUUGGCCUCCACCCCCUCCCCUGGGCUCCAUUAGCAUGUCGAGUUAGCAUCUGUUUCUAAGGUGUGGCAGAUCAAAAUGAAUUACAGUUAUACAGUAUAUCAUAUUAAAUAUGUUGUAUAUUUUUAAGGCCCUACGACCAACUCAUAUAUUCUCUUAUUUCUAUUUUGCUCCAUAUAACUAAAAAUUACUUAAUAUCUGUCACUCUAAGUACAUUAAAACAAUUGGAGAAACA